GGCUCAGUGGUUGCUCGGGGAUCGCGUUUCGAGGCCCCCUGACCAUGGCAGUCGAUUUCAUGGCUGAUGAUGACGAUGGAGAUUGGAAGAUUUGUUGGGACUUCGAACGAAACGACUGGGGUAGUGGCUGGAAAUCCUCCAGCUCUUGGGCUCCAGGCCCAGCCACUUGGCAGGCGCCACGCCCGCGGCCAGUCAUGGGCGGAGGUGAUGGUCCCUUUGCCGGCGAUGCUGGAGCGCCAAUGCCUGCUGUGACCCCAUGGUGGGACCGUUCUGGAUAUGCGCCGCAAGCAGAGUCCUCAUUGGUCACUGGACUUCAGGCAUCGAAAGCUGUCGGCGAGGGUCCCUACAUGGGCGAUGGUACCUGGCAUUUGGGAUCCCCUCGACCGUUGCGAGUGGUGAGGAUCCCUCAUCGCGAGGGCUUCGCCAUCCCUCCGCCACCACCGCACCCCAGUGGGCCUUCGAACCCGGCCGCGCCUGCGUUCGUGCCGGCCGCGGCAUCUGUGGUGGAGACAGAGGAACAGCCGCAGAAGAGCGAAGCAAGUGGGGUUGGGAAGAAACCCAAGAGGAGGAAGGAGCGUCGAGAUCGCCGGGGCUCCGAUGGCGGCCGCGAGGAUGACAUCUCCUCGGCGAUCGACGGCUUGCUGAGCCUACCGAAUGCCAACUUGCAGAAGGCGGACUUCGACAGCGGCGUGCGGCGGUAUUUGGGCGCCCUGCGGGGUUGUCCGAAUGGCCCGCAAAAAGUGAAGGAUGCAAUGGCCAUGCUUCACACCUACACCUCCCAGAAGUCCCGCUCGGCGGUGAAGAAUUGGCCGGCCUAUUUGCUCACCUUGCUGAAGCGUUUCGAGCCUGGGGCGCUGAACGCCCGAAGGUACUUCGAGGGCAAAGGUGGCCCUAGAAGAGAGGACGCAGAGGGCAAGGGUGAGCAGGAUGGAGAAGAGGAGGGCCCGCAGCCUUUGCCUGAGGAGGCCAAAGCUCCGGAAGCUGCAGCAGAGGAAGCGGCAGCGGUGCCUACGGCAGAGGCUUCGAGGAGCCCCGCUGAGCCAGCCUCGCGACCAUUGAGGAAGCCCUUGGAGGAGCCAGUCUUCGAAAGGCCUCGAUGGCCGGAAGAAGAGGAAGAUUUGCCCGCCGAUGCGCUGGUCGACAGUUGACCCAAGGAGUUGCGAAGCCUGCAUCACUUUGGAUGCAUUGAAUUGAUUCGACGAGUUGCUCAAUAUGGUUCCUCGUUACUGCGUAGAAGACCUCGAGACCUUAGAAGCGUCAGCUAAAGCGCUCUAGGGCAGUAGGAAUACUCUCAGACGGCUUGUGGGUGGGCGGGAUGAACUGCAAGAAGGUCAUCGUCAG